CGGACAUCCAAACGCAAACACACAGCGCGAAGAAGAAGAAGAAGAAGAAGAAGAAGAAGAAGAAGAAGAAGAAGAAGAAGAAGAAGAAGAAGAAGAAGAAGAAGAAGAAGAAGAAGAUGGGGAGGUCCCCGUGCUGCUGUCACGACGCCGGCGUGAAGAAGGGACCGUGGACGGAGGAGGAGGACCGCGCCCUGGUGGAGCACAUCCAGCGCCACGGCGGGCACGUCGGCAGCUGGCGCAACCUGCCCAAGGCCGCCGGUCUGAACCGCUGCGGGAAGAGCUGCCGCCUCCGCUGGACCAACUACCUCCGCCCCGACAUCAAGCGCGGCAACUUCACCGACGACGAGGAGAGCCUCAUCAUCCGCCUCCACGCCCAGCUCGGCAACAAGUGGUCGACGAUCGCGACGCACCUGGACGGGCGGACGGACAACGAGAUCAAGAACUACUGGAACACGCACAUCCGGAAGAAGCUGCUGCGCAUGGGCGUCGACCCCGUCACGCACCAGCGUCUGCCCCCCGACGACAUCGCCAUCGCCUCCGUCCCCGGGGCGGCGAUACUCUCGGCGGCCGCGAGCCUCGGAGGCCUCAACACCGCUCUGAUACAGGUCCAGGCGCUGCAGCUUCUGCUGCAGGCCGUCAAUGGCGGCGGAGGAAACGCUGCUGCUGCUGCUGCUGCUGGUCUCAUCCCUAGCAUCAAUGCAGCAGCCGCAGAUAACGCCAUACUGAACGCGAAUCGUCGUAGCAUCGUCCCAAGCUUCCAGGACCAGAUGAACUUGAUCUUGUCUCACGCGAACUACGCGUCACCUGAUCAUCUGAGCAACAUCGCAAGUUUUGCAGAGCAGCACGACGUGGUAGUGCAGCGACUGAACAACGCUUCUUCGGCAGCUCCGGUGGUCGGCGGCGCCUAUGCAGAGCCGCUGGCUGCUGCAUUGGCGUCUGCUGCGACUUAUCCACCACAGGAAGUGGCAGCUUCAGCUGACAGGCCGGUGCAGGGUUUUGCCGAGCUUCUGUCGGAGCCCAUUGGGAUGCCGAGCAUGUGCUCUCUGGAGGACGACGAAGAUGCUUUCUGGAAGAACAUGCUGCUAGAGAGCAGCAGCUUGCCGCUAUGAAAUUUCCAUGCUAGGAAACGGAAGGACGGGUGGUUCCACGCCUUGUACAAAAUUGUGUGAUUAUUAUCUUAAUAUUUUAACUAGCAGCUUCGCAUUAUCUCACUUGGUCUAUCUAUAUAUCAGGGAUCAUGCGGCUUAAUUGUGUGAUCAACGUUUAUUCUUGUAAUAUAUAUGUAGAUUCCUCCUUUUUUUGUCAAUAUA